GGAGGAAGAAGAGCCGGGAGUGGGAGAAAACAGGGGGAAUAACACUUAAAGAAAGCAUACAGAGGAGAGGAAGGACAGUAUAGUGCUUUGGACAUCCCCUCCUUUCUUCUCCCAGGCUGUCACACCAGAUUGGACUCCGAAGGACCGACACCGCGUCCACCCCAGACCCCAUGGGGUAACAGCAGACGUUUUGAGGAGAGGCUUUUGUUCAGCUACACAGAUGAACAACAGAAAGGAGGACAUGGAGAUCUCCUCUCACUACCGUCAGCUCCUCAGAGAGCUCAAUGAGCAGAGGCAGCAUGGCAUCCUCUGCGACGCCUGUGUCAUUGUGGAGGGAAAGAUCUUCAAGGCUCAUAAGAAUGUCCUUCUGGCCUCCUCACGCUACUUCAAGACUCUUUACUGCCAGGUUAAAAAAGGGGCAGACCCUCACCUCCAGACUACUGUCACUCACCUGGACAUUGUCACUGCGACAGGCUUCAAAGCCAUACUGGACUUCAUGUACUCUGCGCACCUCGCCCUCACCAGUAAGAACGUGAUCGAGGUCAUGUCAGCCGCCAGCUACCUUCAGAUGACGGACAUCGUCCAGGCCUGUCACACCUUCAUCAAGGCGGCGCUGGACAUCAGCAUCCGCUCUGAGAUGGCCGAUGAACUGACCGACUUUGAGAUGGGAGCUGUGGCUGCUGCCGGCAUAGGUGGAGGAGGAGGAGGAAGAGGAGGAGGAGUUUAG